AUGGUGCACAUGGAGCCCAUCAGAGGACUGCCACAACUCGAUCUCGAUAAUUUGGCUAUGCUAAACGACUACUGGAACAACGGCCCAGUUUCGCUAACUGCCAACGGCGACAUCACCAGUCUUCCUACCUGGCUCUUUGGAGAGACGCCAGAUGAGACGGGCAAACUCCACAAUGCCACCUCUUGCGUUGUGAUCACCGUCGAUAAAGGCUCAGGAGAUCUAGAUGCCUUUUACUUCUACUUCUACUCGUACGAUCAAGGGGCAAACAUCACUCAGGUUCUACCACCUAUGAGUGGGUUGAUAGAAGACACUGAGCAUGGCAUGCACUUUGGCGAUCAUGUUGGUGAUUGGGAGCACAAUAUGAUUCGGUUCCACGACGGGAAACCUACCGGUGUCUAUUACAGUCAACACUCUUCGGGCUCUGCCUACAAGUGGGAUGAUAAGGACCUAUCAGUGGAAGAUGGUCGGCCUAUAGUUUACAGCGCAUGGGGUUCUCACGCGAAUUGGGCAUCUCCUGGGUGA